AUGGCGCGAUACAUCAUCCCAUCUGUGACUAUUUCGUGAGUUUCCUCCUGAAAAUCUGUCCAAAUAACGUAUUUUGUCGAUUUCAGAGCCAUUUACGGUGUGUACAAAUCAUAUUGGCCGGAUAAAAACGACAAGAAGACCAUUCUAUCUGUGGAGGACGCUGUCAAACUCCUGAAUACGAAUGCAAACACCUCCGAGGCCCUCAAAUACAUACAACGCACAGAGAGUGAGUCCCUGCCACUCACCCGAGCGUGCACGGACGGACCAUUGACUCGAAUUAUCGAUUUUUGUAGGCAAAGACUUUCUGAAGACGUUGAACCCGGCCGCAGUGGCUCUUCUCGCAAGAUCUGGCUCCGAGUUAUGCCUGAAAAUCCCGGUGAAAUCGUGUCUGGAGCACAAUUUGGAUGUGACCGAGGCGUUGAGCAAGGUAAGUUUUGAAAUAUUGAAGAAUGUUCGCAAAACACAGUGUUCUUGCAGUUCAAUCUUGGCGACAAGUGGAACAGCAGCAUAGAAUGGAUAAAUCGGGUGGCGUGUCCGGAAGAGGACCUCUCCUGUUCUGAUGAAUGGCUCGUAAGGCUGCCGAGUCAAGUCGAACGGCUCCGCAGGAUGUUGCAACUCCUUUUUCUGACAACGGAAGUGAGCAUUUCAUCGAACCAGCGUGACAUUGAAAAUCGAAAAUUUGUGAGGCUAGCAGUCUGCCCAGAGUAACCAGAAGAGAAAAAAGCCGAAAGCGUUCCGUAUAAUGUGAACCAAUGUGAAGCAAUGAACGGCAAGAAAAGAGAAGAUACCAAUUUUUGAUAAGGAGUGUUCGCGGAGAAGAAAACAUCAAUUUUCUUAUCAGUAGCGUGAAACCGACUCAAAUUUUUCGGAUACUGUUUGUUCAAUUUCUUCUUGGCUGUUUAGAGUUCUAAAAGUGACUCUACAGAUCAAUGUGCACUCUCAAAAUUCCCGAAAUUUCACGGGAUUUCCUGGGAAUUUCGGAAUCCGUGUUUUCUUUGGGAAACCCCAUGUUAGAAACCUGAACAUUAUUACAUUACAGAAAGACUUUGAUGUCUCCGCCAUUAACACCGACGUCAUUCCGUUCUUGUUCAACGUCUACGCGGAGUUCUUCGACACAAACAAGGACAUGGCACUGCUGGCUCUUAAAAUCCUCUCUAACAUUGUCGGCGCUGAUGAAAAGUACGCAAAGUCAAUGCUCGACUCGGAAUGGCUGCCUCUGAUAAGCACGAUGGUGACGAGCGGGAAAAGUUUGAUGGAGCGCUUAUUAUCACAUAAAGUGAGUGUGUCCUCUUAUCAUCAAUUCGAUCAAAAACUGCCUUUAGGUGUGCCAAAAUGCGUUGAGUUCACUGAAAUCUGUCGACUAUCGGUUAUCAUCCGAUAUUUAUGAAGUGUUUCUCCCUGAUGAAGAGCCCGAGGUAACUUUUCGAAAGAUGGAACUAGUCAAUCAGCCAAUCAAUCUUCUCGCGGGAUGGCCAGCAGAAAUUUUGAGCGGCGAUUCAUCAAAAACAGAAUGAAAAAGAGAUUACACUCGGGGCGUUAUCACGUGUCGGGCGAGCGGUGGUUGCUUGCAAAAGUACACUCACACACGGGGAAAUAUGUGAUCUUAGCAAAGCAAAAGCAGGCUGACUGGAGGCGGCAACUCGCAGCAAAAAUGCUUCAAAACGUUGAUGCCAAUUCAAUCUUUAACCUAUUAGAAUUUUUGUUAGAUCCAUCAAACACAAGUCUAACACAUACCUACUUGCAGAUCGAUAUCGUUCUUAUUCAUGGAUUGCGUGGUAGUGUGGCGUACACGUGGCGACAGAAGGAUACAGAUGAAAACCUUCUGACGACAUGUUGGCCCAAGGAUUGGCUCCCACUGGAUAUCAAGAGACCUUUUCGGAUCAUUGGCCUCGAGUAUCCUUCGUAUAUCUUCCAAUUCGGUGGAGCUGUACAUAGUUUACAAGUAAGUUCCUAUAAAAAAUUAGUUCCGGUAUGUGUCCAGCGCUACGAGGGCGAUCUGCAAACAGUAAUUGUUCUUGUGGAACCAAAGGUUCUCCAGAAACUGUUCACAUUUGUCUUUUUAUUAUUGUUAAUCAUCAGAAAAGAGAAAAAACGGGCAUAUCGAAAAGUGGCCCAGACCGCACCCAGACGGCCCCAAAAGCAUCGACCCCAACAAGUCUGGAAUAGGCCAAAUGACGCCGUUAUCUGAAUCACAAAAAAAUCAAUCAAACCGAAUUACCUCUUUUUCAGACCCGCUCUGAUCGUUUCAAAAACCAACUUGAGACCGCCGGCAUCGGAAAGCGCCCCACGUUAUUCAUCUGCCACUCGAUGGGUGGUCUUCUCGCCAAAAAGUUGCUCAUCGACUGUCCGGAAUUGCUCAAAUGCACAGUCGGAGUGUUAUUCAUUGCGACACCACACAAGGGAAGUCCAGUUGCCAACUGGGGAUAUUCUGUGUUCCAGCCGACCGAAGAUGUCGUGAUGCUCAACGAGAAUAACGCAAUGAACAAGAAAGUGAGUUAGGUCACUGGGAACACCGAAAUUCUUCGUUUUUGGUUAUUUGCCCAUUUUUGGUUGAAAACCGUAUACUUAAUGAAUAAGCACAGCAAAGUUGAUUGUUCAGCUGAACGACGACUUCUCGGCUGUGAGCAAGAAGAUUCCGGUCAUCGUGAGCAUGGUGGAGACUAUGGAAUCCAAUAUUAUUGGUGAGUUUUUCACAAAAUGUCAGAAACUGUGUACUUGAUAGAAUCCUUAGAAUCCCCUGUAAGCUUUGUUAAUCUAGUGAUAAAUGGAUAUUUGCAGCAAAUGCGAAGAGCAUCGUCGUUCCGAACAAGUCAGCAGUGUUUGAUCAAGGAGCCGUGUAUCAUAUUGAAGAAGCUCACUUGAAUCUAUGCAAACCGACCCGUAACAGCCCAUCGUACGGCGUCAUCCUCAAUUUUUUGUUAGAUUGCUUCCGGGAGUCGGAUAAGCGACAGAAAUCCUAA